AUGAUGCAUGCGGCCCUGAGUAUCUGGAUCUUGUCAGCUGUGAUCUGCGUGGGGCGAGGACAUCACCAUUUAGGUCACGGCACCGACAAUGAUCAGCCCGACCAAGACACUGCCCUCGAUGGCGCCCCCAGCAGCCUCUCACGGGUGACUUCGGCAAACCAAGAGUUUGCCUACCGUCUGUACAGGAGGUUAGCGGCACUUCCUGACUCACGAGACAAGAAUAUCUUCUUCUCCCCAGCUAGCGUGUCUGUUGCCUUGGCCGCCUUGUCUGUAGGAGCACGGGGGGAGACCCACCGGCAGCUCUUCAGCGGGCUGGGUUUCAACAACACCCUGCUGACGCAGACAGAUGUAGAUCAGGCCUUUCAGAUGCUCCACGGAAGGGCUAAUGAAGACACGAGCAAAGGGACCGCUGUAUUCAUGGACAACCGCUUCAAGCCGCGGCAUGAGUUCCUGGACACCUUGAAGCAGUCAUACUUUGCGGAAGGGUUCAGUGUUGACUUCACCAAAACCCAAGAGAGUGUCAAUGCCAUCAAUACGUAUGUGGGGGAGAAGACCAAUGGGAAGAUAGACAAGCUGGUCAGCGACCUGGAUCCAAGCACCGUCAUGUAUCUCAUCAGCUACAUCUACUUCAAAGGAAAGUGGGAGACUCCAUUUAAUCCCGAGCUCACCAAACAGGACAUGUUCAUGGUGGACGAGAGCACCAAGGUUCCAGUACAGAUGAUGAAUAAGGAGAAGCGUUUUGAUACCUAUUACGACCAGGCCGUUAACACCUCAGUGCUCCACAUGCCCUUCAACAGCUCCUACUCCAUGCUGCUGUUGUUGCCUGAUGAUAUGGCACAACUGGAGAGCGUCAUUUGCCCUGGUCACGUCACCAAAUGGCUGAAGUGGAUGAAGUCCAGGACUUAUAAUUUAUAUGUUCCAAAGUUCUCCAUCAAGACUUCCUACUCUCUGAGUAACGUGUUGUCUGAAAUGGGAAUGACAGACAUGUUUGGUGAUCGUGCAGAUUUAAGCGGCAUUGCAGAGGGCCAAAAACUGGCUGUCUCAGAGGUUGUGCACCAAGCCACCCUGGAUGUGGACGAGGCCGGAGCCACCGCUGCAGCUGCUACAGGCAUCGGCAUCACGCUUCUGUCCUUCCGCCACGUCCCUGUUUUGAAGUUCAAUCGUCCAUUUAUGGUCAUCAUCACUGAACGCGGCACAGAAAAAAUGCUCUUCAUGGGCAAGAUUAUCAACCCAAACAUCUGA